GUGUGCUGUGUUAUUGUGAUGUAUUGUGAUGGUGUGUGUCGCCCCCUGCCGGUGGGUCCGGCUCAUGGCGGGCAGUGAUAUGACCCGGAAGCAGAAGCGCGGUCAGGCAGAGUGGAGGAGCUAAGAUGUCUCCGGGCGUGUUUAACCUGGUGGAGAGCAGAGAGAAGUUCACGGCUGCUACUAAAACUGCUCUGUCGUCCAGGAGCUGCAAACCUCUGACCAGCGUGUUCACCCACCUCCCCGGAAAUGAGACGGAGAAGAAGAGCACGCUGGACCAGGCUCUGCGGGGCGUCCUGGUGGAGCAGAUCGUCAAACACGCAGACGUGGACGAUCAUCUCUCUCUGAUCUACGUCAGCAUCGAUGGAGUCACUGAGGGCAUCUGCUCAGCCACCACCCCGUUCGUGUUGCUCGGCGAUGUCCUGGACUGCCUCCCGCUGGACCAGUGUGAUAAGAUCUUCUCGUUUGUGGAGGAGAACGUUUCCACGUGGAAAUCUAAUUCCUUCUACUCGGCUGGGAAGAACUACCUGUUGAGGAUGUGUAACGAUCUCCUCCGAAGACUGUCUAAAUCCCAGAAUACGGUGUUCUGCGGGAGGAUCCAGCUGUUCCUCGCCCGGCUCUUCCCCCUGUCUGAGAAAUCAGGUUUGAAUCUGCAGAGUCAGUUUAACCUGGACAACAUCACAGUGUUCAACAAGAACGAACAGGAGAGCACGUUCGGACAGCAGAGCACUGAGGUGAAGGAGGAUGGGAUGGAGGUGGAGGAAGGAGAAAUGGGCGAUGAAGAAGCUCCGGCUCCAUGUUCCAUUCCGAUAGACUAUAACCUGUACAGGAAGUUCUGGACGCUGCAGGAUUAUUUCAGAAACCCUGUGCAGUGUUACGAUAAGUUCUCCUGGAUCACCUUCGUUAAGUACUCUGAUGAGACUCUAGCUGUGUUUAAGAGCUAUAAACUGGAUGACACUCAGGCCUCUAAGAGGAAGCUGGAGGAGAUGAGGACGGCCGGAGGAGAACACGUCUACUUCGCCAAGUUCCUCACCAGCGAGAAGCUGAUGGAUCUUCAGCUGAGUGACAGUAACUUCAGACGCCACAUCCUGCUGCAGUACCUCAUCCUGUUCCAGUACCUGAGGGGGCAGGUCAAGUUCAAAAGCUCCAACUGCGUCCUCAAUGACGAUCAGACGGCCUGGAUGGAGGAAACCACCAAACUCGUCUAUCAGUUGCUCAGAGAAACUCCUCCAGAUGGUGAUAAGUUUGCCGCCAUGGUUGAGCACAUUCUGAACACAGAGGAGAACUGGAACUCCUGGAAGAACGAGGGCUGCCCGAGCUUCGUCAAAGAAAGGUCAGCAGAAACCAAACCCGCUCGGCCCAGCAGGAAGAGGCCGGCGCCGGAGGACUUUCUGGGAAAAGGUCCUGACCGAAAGAUCCUGAUGGGGAAUGAUGAACUGACGAGACUGUGGAACCUCAAUCCAGACAACAUGGAGGCCUGCAAGACUGACAGCAGGGAGUUCAUGCCGUCUCUGGAGGACUUUUUUGAGGAGGCCAUCGAACAGGCCGACCCGACGAACAUGGUGGAGGACGAGUACAAGGUGGUGGGGAACUCUAAUUACGGCUGGAGGGCCCUUCGUCUCCUCUCUCGCCGAAGCCCACACUUCUUCCAGCCCACCAACCAGCAGUUCAAGAGCCUGGCGGAGUACCUGGAGAACAUGGUCAUCAAACUGGCUAAAGAACUGCCCAAAGAUCUCCCCUCUGAGGAGAUAAAGACGGGAGAGGAGGAGGACGAGAACGGAGACAACCUGCUGAAAGCCAGUAACGACAGUCCGAGCAUUCAGAGCAAGCUGGUGACCAACAGUCAGAUGGACGAGAUUGCGGCGAAGCUGGGCGGCCAGUGGAGGGCGCUGGCAGAUCAUCUGGAGAUGAAGCCGGCGGAGAUCCGGGAGAUCGAGUCGGACAGCGAGGACGUGGAGCUGCAGGCCAAGAUGCUGCUGGUGGCCUGGCAGGACCGCGAGGGGCCUCAGGCCACCAUGGAGAGCCUCAUCACCGCGCUGAACGCCGCCGGAUUCACCGGCAUCGCAGACGGCCUGAGCGAAACAUAAACGCUAAGCGGCGGCUCAGUCGGUGAUGCUGCCCACAAACGUAACCAAACGUCUUCAGUCACGAAAGUUCACUGCAAAAAUGGGAUCUUGUCAAGUGAAAUGAUCCUAAAUCUGGUCGAUAAGUCUAAUAUCUCCCAUUCUGAGAUAGUUGUGCAAUUAUUAUGGGAUUUUCUAGCUCAUUUCUACACAUUUUUACUUGUUUUAAGUAAUUUUGGGUUUAAUUACAAUGAUCUCACCAUACUGGCAGAUACUGUUGGUGGUUUCAAACUCAUUUCUUAAAACAAGCAAAUUUAUCUGCCAGUAUAGUGAGAGAAUUUUACUUAAUAAAAUGACUUAAAACGGGCAAAAAUGUCUAGAAAUUAGGUGAAUAAUCUCAAAUGAAACUUACAACAAUCUCAACAGGAGAAAUAUUAGAUUUGUCAACAAUAUUUAAGAUUAUUUUACAUGACAAGACAUUUUUUUUUGCAGUGCACAGACAAAAUUCGGGUUCCUACAUCAGUUUUUAAGCUGUUUCACUGCCAAAAAAAUAGUAUCUUUUCAAUUGAAAUGAUCCUAAAUCUGGUCGAUAUGGCUAAUAUUUCCCAUUCUGAGAUGGUUGUGCACUUAUUAUGAGAUUAUCUUAUUUCUAGACACUUUGUAAAUAUUUUAAGUAAUUUUAUAACAAAAUUAUCUCACUAUACUGGCAGAUAAUGGUGGUGGUUUCAAGCUAAUUUCUUAAAGCAAGCAAAAUUAUCUGCCAGUAUACUGAGAUUGUUUUACUCAAAAUGACUUAAAACGGGCAGAAAUGUCUAGAAAUGAGGUGAAUAAUCUCAAACUAAGCUUAGAACAAUCUCAACAGGAGAAAUAUUAGACUUAUUGACUAUAUUUAACGUAAGUUUACUUGAUAAUAUACCAUUUUUUUGCAGUGCACAGACAGAAUUCAGGUUCCUACUUCAGUUUUAAGCUGUUUCGUGGUCUUUGGUCCAGUGUUUCUCAGCCCUGGACCUGGAGGCCCGCUGUCCUGGACUUCUUAGUGUUUUCCUUGUUUCAGUACGCCAACACAAACUCAGUGAUUCGCUGGAUCAGUGUGUUGGAACCAGGACUGAGAACCACUGCUUUAGUCCACAUUUCUAGAUAACGUUGUCGUACAGAACCAGAUUAUUACUGACCAACACUCGGUCUGAGCUAGUCUGAUGAUGUGGCCACCGUGCUAGGCUAGUUUGUGCAGUAAAAGCUUCCACUGCUUGUUAGUUACACACUUAAAAAUGAUGGUUCUUCAAGGGUUCUUUAGUAAAGAAAAUGGUUCUAUGUAGGACCAUGAACACUCAAGCUUUUCAUGAGUAAAAGGGUUCUUUGCAUCGUGAAAACAUUUUUCAGACUGGUGGAGAAUGUGCUGUAGAUGGUUCUAUAUAGAACCCUUUUGAAAAGGGUUCUUCUAUUGUUGACAUUGUGCACAAUAAAAGAACCCUUUUUGGUGUAGCAUAGAACCAUAACAGGAUAGACAAGAUGGAACUCCUUCAUGAUGCAAUCUUGUCUAUCCCGUUAUGGUUCUUUUUGAAGAACUGACAUCGUAACUUUUAAGAUGCAGUGUUGUCUGUCCUGUUAUGGUUCUAUGUAGCACCAAAAAGGGUUCUUCUAUUAUAACAGGCCUAACAUCGUGACCACAGAAGGACCCUGUUUGGUGCUGUAUAGAACCAUCUACAGCACAUUCUCCAUUAAUCUGAAGAACCAUUUAAUGAUGCAAAGAACCCUUUAAUCCUGUGUUCAUGGUUCAAUAUAGAACCAUUUUCUUUACUAAAGAACCCUUGAGGAACCAUCAUUUUAAGUGUGUGUUGGCUUCAUAGCUCAUGGUUGACCGAUCGCCUGAUUUCGUGGUGAGGCAGGAAACUCUGUAAACUCUGACGACCCGUCGCUUCACUGGAGUCCGUCUAAACGUGCUAAUGAGGCUAAUAAUUACCUGGAGUUUAAUUAGCACAGCGCGAUUUCAUUAAACAUCACUCCACACCUGAGUGGACGCAGGUGUGGUCAGUUUGAGUCAGGCUAACCGGUUUAAGCUAACUUGUUUCCAGUCAUCGUUAGCUAGCUAUGCUAGCAUUUCCAGCUGUUUUGCAAAGCGGGGUUUCUCAGUUGGCUGAUUAGCUUAAGCUAAACGCCCAGCCUGUUUGAAAGAGGUGCAGAUUUUAAUGGGUAACUCCUCAUUUUUGGCUCAAGUUGUCUGGAAAUCCUGCUCUGCUCUGUGAAAAACCCCCCAGUCGUGUUAAAGUUCGGGCGCACAUUUCUGCCUUUGCUCGUUUGUUCAAUCCAAAACAUUUAAGCCGGAUCUGUUCACGACUCGCAUUACAGACCGAGUGACCUAGAACAACAUCGCAGGUUCAGGAACGGCAACAGGCUUUUUGUCCAUCAUUCAGAAAACUGCUAAAAAGGUGGUUCUUCGAGGGUUCUUUAGUAAAGAAGAUGGGUUUAUAUAGAACCAUGAACACAAACAACUGAUUAAAGGGUCCUUUGCAUCACAACAGGGUCCUUCAGAUUGAUGGAGAACAUGCUGUACAUGGUUCUAUAUGGAUCCUUUAUGAAAAGGGUUCUUCUGUUAUUACAAGCUUAUCAUCAUCAC